AGUGUGUUGUUGGGGUGAUGGGGUGGACGACAUUAAUGAAAUAAAGGGAGAAAAACAGAGCAUUUCCAGAAAGCAUCCUUCCUCAGCCCCUCCCUCCCACUCUGCUGGUUUUCGGCUCCGAGGCUUGGCAAAGACAGACUAUUCAGAAUGAAAGUAAUCAGCUCUGCAGUGCUCAGCGCUCUGUUCUGCACCGUUGUGUCAGCAUCUAUGAAAGUCAAAGAGGAAAACAGGACAGCCUUCUUUGGGGAGGACAUCCACAUAGACGUCCCACCUGGGAACGUUGGUGAGGUGGUGUUCAAACCCAAGGUCAGUGGCCUCCCAGAGGUGACUCUGAUGCGAGAAGGAAAGGUGGAGAGUCCACGGUGUCACAUCAACUCUCUGGGCCACCUGGUGCUGGAUGAUGUGCAGGAGGAAGAUGAAGGAGUGUAUGUCAUCAGGAACACCAACAACACCAACACAGCCAAGCAUCUCAACCUCAACGUCAGAGACUGUGCUCUGGAGCAAGUGGUGAAGUACGGAGAAACUUACUACAUCCAUCUCAACCAGGUCGAUGGCCCCAUCAAGGUGGAGUUCAGGCCGAGUUUGAUUCAGCCCAAUCAGACUGAGAUACAGCAUGCAACAGAGCCUCCAUCUGUGGUGCUGUACAACCAGACGGCGGUGACGGCUGAGGAAUAUGUGGGACGCCUCAGCGUGUCAGAAAAACGGGUGACACUGCACUCGGUCAGGAUGACGGAUGAAGGGAGCUUUACGGUGCUGGACCGAGAGGGCAAAGUCAGGAGGAGGAACUGUCUGAAUGUCAGAGAGCACCAGGUCUUCAUGCACCUCACAUAUGGUGCAAACCUGAAGAUGAAACUCUACGUUCAUCACUCAAAUCUAAACAUCGUCUACACGCCCAAAUCUGACAACCGUCCCCGGACCAUCCUUGAUCGGGGGGCUUUGGUGACCCCCAUGGAUCCUAUGCUGGAGGGAAGAGUGACUGUGGAGGGAUCAGAGCUCUUCAUGAAGAAGCUCCAUGUGACCGACAUUGGCGUGUUUCAAGUGACGGACCUGGCCGGGUUUCUUGUGGCUAAAGUUUACAUUGAAGUGGAUGCCUAUAAACUGCCUCCGCUCACUGUAGCCGUCCUCUCCCUGCUGGGCCUGAUCGCCCUCAUGCUGCUGAUCUGCCUGCUGUCCUGUCUCUAUAAAAUACACAAAAGGAAUGAAAAGAACAAGAAGCUGUUGCUCAUCGCUCAGCAGGCUGGAAAGGGAGACGGGGAGGCUUUCAGACAGGUGGUCCAUGAAGCGUACACCAGGUUCAAUGAGGAGUCUGUGAUGCAGUCUGUGAGUGACAAGACCCCCGAGACCACAGAGGUCACCAUCAAGGGCCUCGAGGUGUCUAAACCAGGACGCUACCAGGCUCUCACCUCUGACAACUGCAUGGAGAUGAGCGACUCCGGGGUGGAGUUCACUCACCCCAGCCUCCCACUUGACAGCGACACCGAUGCUGCGAUUACCUACGCCUCCCACAAGCCUCUCCUGAACGCCGUUUCCCCGACAGCAGUGACAUCAGGAGGCGUUCUCUCUGAAGCCACCCUGACCCCCCAUGGUGAUCUCAGCGCCAGCCGGACCCCUGACUCCAUCUUGAGCGCCAGCCCUGCCUCAAAUCCUCGCUCACUGGCUGCUGCCACUCCUGACGGCAGCCUGGGUGGGGCUGCGUCUCCAGGAGCGGCCUCUAGGGGCACCGCUGGGUCAGAUUCAGCCAAGACAGAGGGAGGGGCUGAGGGUGGAGAUGCAGGGCAGAAGGGGGAAUCUCCAAGCACUUGAGAGGACACAGCGGUGUCCUUUUAUAUCCCUGUGGUUCCCUGACAGUAUUGACAUCUACACCCAUCUGGCUCGGUUUCCAGGAACUCAGUCGUAUUCAAAACACCACCAAGUCCUCGAUCACUGCAUCUAAAACAC